AUGAACCUAACUAAAUGUUAUUGUACUUCGGGUCAACCAGAUUGCGAUUACAAUACGCGACAAGUGACAUGUAAACCCGGCCAGAAUUUCUGUUUUCUGAUGCUAAAGCACACUGAUAAUAUUAUAAAGGUUCCUCACUUACAAGGCUGCUGGUAUGAACACAGCAUCAAUGAUUCUCUUAUGAAGCCAAACGUUUGUUACAAUAUUUCCUCAAGUGGUGCAUAUAUGUCAUGUCUUUGUAAGGGUGACUUUUGCAAUGUCCCUACCAUUGAAGUUCAUCUUGGACAUGACGUAUUAAUAAAUCCAGAUAUCCAUAACCAAACAUUGGAAAGUCCCCCUACCCCAAUCGGACCAAAUCCCAUCGAUUCAAUUGUCAAAAAUCCCACUCUUUUCUACGCCAUUUCCUUGCCACUAUUUGUUUUACUUCUACUGAUUUUUGUCUUUAUUUUCCUUUUAUGCCGUCGAUACAGGAAUAACGUCAAUACACUAGGCGCCUCUGCUAUUGGAGGCAGUGGUAGUAGUUCCAAGCCCAAGUCCUUUCUUUCUUGCCAAAACCUUUUUCCUACGCUUAAAAUUUGUUUCACAUGCAAACAAUCCAAAAAGGAUGACAGACAGUUUAAUUCAAAUGGUGGCGUUAUCUGUCGUUUCUGUCCUCUUAACGCCACACCCUGCGCUUUUUGUGGAAAAGGUUUUAUGACUGCGAUUGACGGGGGUUCAUCCAUGCCUCAACUAGUUCAUCCAAUUCUUGGCGGGGGCUGGCUGGCCGAAGGCGAAAUUGAAGAGCUUUCAAAGAUUUGUACCAAAGUGAAAAGGUGUUCUCGCGGUCGUUUUGGUGAAGUGUGGUUGGGUCAUAUGGUUAAAGUUCGCAACGACGACAGUGGUGGCAACACUGAAUCGAAUCCUCGUGAAGUUGCCAUCAAGGUUUUCCCCGAGGCAGAGCGAAAAAGUUGGGAAACCGAGCUGGAAUUAUAUCGAUUGCCUCGACUAAAGCAUCCCAAUAUCCUGCAUUUUAUUGGAAUUGACAAGAUCACAAGAGACCCAUCCGAAGAAAGGGAUGAUCAGGAUCGUAGUAGCGGUAGUGAAUGCGGUUCUUUGACCGAAUACUGGUUAGUGACGGAUUAUCUUGCCCAUGGUUCUGUCUACGACUACAUUCACAGCAAUGUGCUCUCCUGGGGUCAGAUGUUGUGGAUCGCCAUGGGAAUGGCACGUGGUCUCAGCUAUCUUCACACUGAAUUGCCUUGCACAGCUACACAAUAUCCCAAACCCAGUAUCGCCCAUCGUGACUUCAAAUCCCGCAAUGUCCUUCUGAAAGCUGACCUCACUCCGUGCAUUAGUGACCUCGGUUUGGCUACUCGUCUAGAAACUGGUCGUGGCUUUGGCGAUGCUCACCUUCAGGUGGGCACUGCUCGUUACAUGGCUCCAGAGGUGCUAGAUGGUGCAAUCCAAUUCACCCGAGAUGCCUUUCUCCGCAUCGACGUCUAUGCACUGGGUCUGGUGAUUUGGGAGCUCAUGACUCGUGCCCGUCCAUCCGGCUACCCAAUUAAGAGCGAUGAAGAAGGCAUGGGGGAAAAUGGAUUCCCCCCCUACAUGGCACCGUUUGAGGCCGAACUGGGUCCCAAUCCCAGUAUGGAUAAACUCCAGCACUACGUAGCCAAACUGCGAAAUCGACCUCAGCCUUUUCCAUGGUGGGAGAAUGACCAGGCAUUCUUGCAGCUUUGGGAGACCGUGCAAGACAGUUGGGACCACGAUGCCGAGGCUCGAAUUACAGCCGGUUGCAUUGCUGGCCGAAUUCAGAAUUUGAGUCAACGCUAUCCUCUCUCCUCCGAUGAUCCCGCUCAUUACUUGCUUUUUCUUGCCUCUCCUGCGCCAUUAAUCAAUACUUCGGGAGCGUCGACCGUUGUCUCCACAGCUUCUUCCUUCGAAGCCCCCGGUUCGAGUUCUGCUUCUUCUCCUCAUAGUAGUCCCAUUGCGCCAAAUCCUGAAGUUGUGCCCCUUCUACCAACUUCUAACCCUCCAAAUGAGAGAUCUACCUGUGGGUCUUCUAUUGAGAUGUUUGAACCCAUGAUUACUACUCCGGAAGAAAGUGUUGACAUGGAUAUUGUCUCGAGCGAUCCAAGUGACUCAAAGAAUGCCAAAAUUGAAGAGCAGGAGAACGCUAUCGGUUCCCUUCGUAAUGAAGCUGUUCGUCGAAAGGAGCGCCUCAUUGAACUGCGUAAACAGACACUGAAUAAAGGUCUCCCUGGCAGUGGUCUGUUACUUCAACAAGAGGGUGAUUUGCCUAAACCAAUCUUCAGAAAUUACAAUCCCAUUUCAGAUGAUCUCAAGGACGGCUUGUUGCCUGAAAGAACGAUGAUCAAUUUGGAAGUACGUGUUGCCGAUCAACUGGAGGCUGCCAAAGCAGAAGCUGUUGUUGAUGAAGUGAAUCUUUUCAAUCUGGCACCCCGCAAACCCGACUGGGAUCUCAAGCGUGGCGUUGAGAAGAAACUCAAGAGAUUGGAGCGCAGAACUCAACGAGUUAUUGCCGAAUUAAUCCGUGAACGACUAAAGGCCGAAGAGAAUUCAAUGGCUACGGUUGAAGGCCCACCAGUAUCUAAAGAUACCAUAGUCGGUUGA